CAAAAAUCUUUUACUAUAGAUCCCUGCAAUGAACAAGCAUUAAAUUUGAGCUCUGUCAAGAAAAUAAUUAAAUAUUUAAAAUUGGAGAUUUUUACAAAUUGACUGGACUAUUUCUUGUGGAUAUUGGUGUUUGAAGGUCUGGAGCUGUGGCUUUUGGUGGAGUUGGUUUUUCUUCUCAUCUUUUUAACCUGUUGCUGUGCAUUUUCGUUUGGCGCUCUUUUUUUUAUUCAUUUGCAUCUGCCAAGGUAAUCCUGAAAAUGCCGUCGCUAUUGACCUGUAAUGUUUGUAAGGAUCAUAUUGCCAAAUCCAAAUAUAAAAUUGGUUGCAAAGGCUGUGCAAAUUUUUUCCAUUUGGAUUGCGUUGGCAUUUCUGAGGCUGAGGCUAAAAUAAAUAAGCAACUCAGAUACACUUGUGUGUGCUGUGUUCGGGCUGCUGGUGGUAGUGGUGACGCUGGUGUGGUUGAUCGCGGAACAAAAGCGAACACUGCAGUUGAUGCAUCUAGGGUUGGUGCCACAGCUGAUGCUUCUUUGAAUGGUGGUGAUGGGACAGUUGGUGUGGCUGCGUGUGAUUUUGUUGGGAAUUCAGAUGCUCUGCGAGAGCUGCAGGAUAACUUGAUUUUGUCUAUGAAACAACAAAUGGACACGUAUAUGGCUAGAUGUCUGUCUGAAUUCCGUACCAAAACUGAUGCUCUGUUUGAUCUUUAUAAUGCACAAAUAUCUGAGGUAAAGCGUGAUGUGGUUGAGCUUAAAAAGGCCGUAGUUGAGUUGAAGAUGACAGUCUCUGAAGUUAAAAGUACGGCUUUGUUAGCAGAAAAGAAACUUGCUGAUAGGAUUUCUGAGCUUGAGUCUUUUAACAAUGUGCUCCAGCGAAGGCUUAACAGAGCUGAUAUCAUUAUAAGAGGUUUGCCGGAAAAUAUUAAAGACCUCAGGAGCUUUGUUGUUAAAGUUGCUAAUUUGUGUAGGUUGCAACUAUCUCAUGGCGACAUGCAGCAGUGCUGUUACAUAUCUGAACGUAGAGCGGUUUUGGUGAAGUUUAAUUCUAUUCAGACAAGAGAUUCCCUUAUCCGCCGAUUUGUUAAAAGAGGGAAGGUAACCCUAAAAGAAGUUAUGGAGAAUUGUCUAUUGGAGUCCCGUAUCUACUUAAAUGAUCAUCUUGUUAAAUCGGCAUCUAGUCUUGUCUUUGCCUGCAGAGGCCUGCUCAAGAAGAAGAAGAUUAAGAAAUUCAGGUUGUUAAAUAGUGAUGAACCUCAAGUUGAGGUAAUACUUGGUGAUGGAAGUAAAACAAUUUUUGAGCGACAAGAGCUUCUUGAAUUUGCUCGUAGUUGUCCUCUGCAACCGGGUGGUGCUCCGUUGGUUGGUGAUAUGCUGCUGGGAGUGUAGUCAUGUAAUUAUAAGAUGCGAAAUCGAAUUUACAUAAUUUUGCUCCCCAGCCCCUUUAUUUGGUUUGAUGUCACUUGAUGAUAAUCUGGGACCCAUAAUUAAUGACGCUCACUUUUUUAAACCCUUAUUUGAGGGUUUGUCUGGUAAACUAACGUAUGGCCACUUGAACUGCCAAAGUAUUCGCCCAUCGAGAUUCAAUAAUAAAAUUGAUGAGCUUCGAUCCUUGCUGGUUGGUAGUGGUAUCAGCAUUUUUGGUGUCACUGAAUCUUGGCUUAAUUCUGCACUCUCAUCGAAAUCGUUGGUUGUUCCAGGAUAUAAGCUGGUGCGGAGUGAUCGUGUUGGUCGUGUUGGUGGUGGGGUAUGUCUCUAUAUUGGUAGUGGCACUCCUUAUAAGGUAGUUUUUCGUUCAAAUAAUUUUGGUGUUUGUGAGUCGGUGUGUGUUGAGUUGAAUAUUGGGGCAUUGGUUUUGCUUGUGGCGGUAGUAUAUCUUCCCCAUGGCGAUGUUCAGUCUUUCUGUGAUGUACAUGAGAGUUUGUUUGAUCGCUUCUCUAAUAUCAUUGUCCUUGGUGAUUUUAACUGUAAUUUAUUUGUGUCUUCGAACUCUGUUUCGAUGAGAGGAUUAUGCAGAUCAUUGGGGCUAACUAUUGUGCAUAACAUGAAACCUACCCAUUAUGAUUUGGCCCAAAACUCUACCUCGUUAAUUGAUUUUUGCCUUACUAGUGAUAAUUUGUCCUUGGGUUUCUCGUCUCAGGGUCGAUGUCCUGGUAUAUCACACCAUGCCUUUGUUUUUGGUUCGCUUAACCUGCCUGUAUUUUCAGAGGAGAGAUUUAUUGAGUAUCGUAACUUUGGCCGAGCGGAUUGGUUGGGCAUUUUAAAUUUCAUAUCUGAUUUUGACUUCAACCCCUUAUAUUCCACUUCUGAUGUGAAUUGUCAACUUUCACUAUUUGAUUUGUUGUUUAACGCGCUAUUGUCUUUCGUUCCUGUUUCGGUUCGUAAGGUCAACCCCAGGAAUGAUGCAUGGUUGGAAUCUGAUGUGGUAAAAUCGGCACGGAUGUUUAGAGAUCUUGCGUACUUUGAGUGGCGCAAGCGACCUAUGGAGGGUAAUAGAAUAAUAUAUUGUAUGUAUAGGAAUCGUUGUAAGGCUGUGAUGAGGAAUGAGAGGCGUAAGUACUAUAAUGAUUUCUUUGGUCGUAUGAAUAAUAAUCAGCUGUGGAAAUCUCUAAAGUCGUUUGGUGUUUUGGGUAGUGAUAAUGAAGCUCCACCAAUUGAUGUCAAUGCUGCUAAUCAUUAUUUUUCCGGUGGGAAUCCUGGUUUUGUGGGUGAGCGUGGUCAGUCUUUUUAUAGUGA